AUGCUUUUCUUUCGACGUCGUGAAACAACAGAAUCUCAAUCACGAUUAAGCGAUCAAGAACGAUGUAUUCAUGCAUUUAUUUUCUUUGCUUUUAUUAUCGUUAUUAUUACUGCUGUUUUAUUUUAUUUUGGAGCAACAACUAAAGGUUCAAAUGAUCAACGUCUUUAUUAUUAUAUAGGCGCUAGUAUUAGUCUUGUUUUUCUUCUAUUAAUUAUAAUAUCUACAAUUAUUUACGUUCGACAAUUUUAUAAUAAUUCAUUAUCUACGCCACAUCAUCAAGGAAUCAUAGCUAAUAAUCAAUAUGACAAUUCAAGAUAUCCAAAUCAUCAUCCGUGA